UAUUUUAGGUUAUCGACCAAUCAUUUUUAUUGUGCCACUUGCUCCUUUAUUCUAACUACUUGUAUAUAAAUUAUUUCCCUCUCUCUCUCUUUUCUUCAUCACCCUUUCUUGUUUAUAUUUUAUAUAUUUAUACAUAUACAUACUAGCAUCUAUAUAUCUCUCCAUUCUUUAUUAUGAGCUUCUCUAGAAUGAUCAAACCUUAUCCUCAACAAGAAUCAUCUUAUUCUGUUUAUCGACCAGCUUAUCAUCGAAUUCCUUCUACGGGCAGUGUUCACAAAGAAUCGUCCCCUGAAAUGACAUCUCCUAUUGUUGUACCUUCCAUGUCUAAUACACUUGUCUAUAAUCAACCCACUUAUGCUUAUUACACUUUUUACAGACAGCAACAACAACAACAACAAGUAGCUGUAAGUAUUAUAAAAAACGUAUGACUUUUUUUAUAUUUACCAAUACUAUUUAGUAUCAGCCUAUUAUGCAUGUACCUAUUCACCACACACUCGAAAAUGCUACCAUUACUUAUGAUACCACUAUUGAACAACAAAAGGAUCUUGUCAAGGACGUCUUUUUUUCACCUGCUAUGAAUGAUCGAGAAAUGUCACCUGGCUGUUCAACGUCAUCCACUAGUUCUCAAAGUGGUGAUGACGAUGAUGACGAAGAAAGUACUAAAUGCAGUCCAAGUGAACUCUUUUCUCUCGACGAACAAGAAAAUCUCUUUGAUUUUGGUCUCGAACUUGAUAAGAAGCCUGGGUUCAGUCUGGACUUGAAUCAGUCAAGGAAGUUUGAUGGUAACCCUGACCUACUGCCUACACCACCUGCUAUCGAUUAUGCCUUUUCAAACAAGCGACGAUGGUCGGAUUCGGUGCUUGAACAAAAUAACAAAAAGCAAAGGCUACAAGACUUAUCAACACCACCAGUUUCUCCUACUUUGAAGCUAUUUGAUAACAGUAGCUACUUUGAUGAAUCUGAUCAUGAAGAAUCAUCACAUAACACCGAAUUUCAAUCAUUUGAACAACAAGAGGAUGAUACGAGCUCAAUCGGUUCUUGGGAAGAGGAUUCGGAAGAUGAUGAAUAUGAGCUAUAUGAACGCAAGAAACAAGACAAGAAGAACACUGUACAAGAACAACAAAUGCAUGAUCAUCACGACUUACCCUUGGCUGAUGCUAGACCCACAUCCUACCCUACCAUCUAUCAGAAACUGACAAAAGCAAAUAUUGAUUGGUGCAGAUACUGCGGGACAACAGAAGGUGUCAAUUGGAGACCAGGACCAUGGGGAAAGAGAACACUAUGUAAUAAACAUGGAUGUGACUAUAAAGGAUACGGAUUCGCAUGCAAACUACCCAGACUAAACCUGACGGAAUUCACAAGAGAGUCAAUAGAAGAGCGAGAUAGACCUGUGCUGCAACUUUACUGUACAGUCUGUCAGCGAAAAGAAUCUUGGGAAGGUAAUGUCCUGGUAAGAUGUGAAGGCUGUCCAAAGGCAUACCACCAAAAAUGUUUCAAACAAGAGAUAUCAUCCGAGUUUGUUCAAUCGAAUGAACCAUGGUUUUGUGAUGAAUCAUGUUCAGAAAAUAGCAAACGUAAGAGAAUCGUUGUCGAGUUACCAAGGAAAAGAUUACCCCUGAUGUGUGCACCAAGUAAAAUUACCAAGCCAACAUUUUAAUAUGUAUAUAUAAUCCUAUGCCCCCUCUCUUCUCCUAUUUCCCCUAUAUAUAAA